GUGCCACUCGCCGGCCCGGUCGCGCUUGGGGCCCGAGGCGUUCCCGGCUGUCGCGGCGGGUCGCCAGCCCUUGUCUCCGCGGGGGUCGCUCGGGGCAGCUCCGCCAUGGAGGCGGGGACGCCGGGGGCAGUCAGUGUCCAAGAUGAGGCUGUGGACAAAAGUAACUUUAAGAAAUGCAACCAGAUUGCUUUUUACAGGCGUCAGAAACUUUUACAUCCUGGAAAAUCCUUGUAUCGAGUGUUGUUGGAUUCAGUCACAUUAAGUGAUGAGAGUGUCAAAUUCCAAAUCAUUCAUGAGGAGAAUAAGGUUCUUCUACAAGUAGAAAUUUAUGAAAUAGAAGGCAAUAUUUUUAGGCUUAAAAUUGAUGAAGCAUCUCCUCUCAGAGCAAGAUACAAAGUUCCUGAUGUUCUUAUAAAGGAACCUACCACCCAGAGACUGUUCAUAUCCCACAAGGAGGCAGGUAUUUUGGUACUGUCAAGUGCUAAUGAGGACUACAAACUUCAAGUCACAGCAAACCCCUUCCAAGUUGAGCUGCAGUCCAAGGGUGAGACUGUUAUGAGCAUGAAUUCCAAUGGGCUGUUGUAUUUUGAGCACCUACAACCACCUCCCAGUGACAGAAAACCUACAGCACAAAAUGAGGAGGCAGCAAGUGAUUCCUCUAAGGAAAAACAAGAGGAUCUAGGCCUCUGGCAAGAGAAAUUUGGCAGUUUCUUAGACAUCAAAGCUCAUGGUCCUACUUCUGUAGGCGUGGACUUCUCUUUACAUGGAUAUGAACAUGUUUAUGGAAUACCACAACACACAGAAACACUUCUUCUCAAAAACACCAGUGAUGGUGAUGCCUACCGGCUUUAUAAUUUGGAUAUCUUCGGCCACAAGAUACAUGACAAAACAGGCAUUUAUGGUUCAGUACCCCUUCUCUUAGCACACAAGCCUAACAGAACUUCAGGGAUCUUCUGGCUGAACUCUUCAGAAACACUGGUGGAUAUUAGUACAAAAGCAGUAGCUGAGCACACUCCAUCCAGAUCUGCUGCAGAGACUGCUAAGCAGAGAGCAGUGCCUCUGACUGACGUACGCUGGAUGUCAGAAAGUGGGAUCAUUGAUGUUUUCCUGCUGAUGGGACCCACUGCAUUUGAUAUCUUCAAGCAGUUUGCACAACUGACAGGCACUCAAGCCUUGCCCCCACUUUUUUCUCUGGGCUAUCAUCAGUGCAGGUGGAAUUAUGAGGAUGAGCAAGAUGUCAAGGCAGUGGAUGCUGGCUUUGAUGCACAUGACAUUCCUUAUGAUGUCAUAUGGCUGGAUAUAGAGCACACAGAUGGAAAGAGGUAUUUUACCUGGGACAAACAGAAAUUCCAGAACCCCAGAAAGAUGCAAGAACAUCUCAGGAAGAAAAAACGAAAGCUUGUGGUCAUUGUAGAUCCUCAUAUUAAGGUUGAUCCCUCAUAUACCCUGUAUGCACAGGCAAAAGAAAAGGGAUAUUUUGUGAAAGACAGAAAUGGGAAAGAUUUUGAGGGCAUCUGUUGGCCAGGUUCCUCUUGUUACCUGGAUUUCACCAAUCCUGAAGUGCGAAAAUGGUAUGCAGAUCAAUUUGCCUUCAAAACAUACAAGGCGUCCACCAAUAUCCUCUUUGUAUGGAAUGAUAUGAAUGAGCCUUCGGUCUUCAAGGGGGCAGAACUAACAAUGCAGAAAGAUGCUGUGCACUACAACAACUGGGAGCAUCGGGAAGUACACAACCUCUACGGAUUCUACCAGCACAUGGCAACUGCAGAAGGACUCAUCAGACGUUCUUCAGGAAAAGAAAGACCAUUUGUCCUCGCACGAUCUUUCUUUGCUGGAUCACAGAAGUAUGGGGCAGUGUGGACUGGAGACAACACAGCAGAGUGGAGUUACUUGAAAAUAUCCAUUCCAAUGCUUCUUACCAUCAACAUGGCAGGGAUUUCAUUCUGUGGAGCUGAUGUGGGAGGGUUUAUUGGAGAUCCAGAACCAGAGUUACUUGUUCGCUGGUAUCAGGCAGGAGCCUACCAGCCCUUCUUCAGAGGUCACUCUAACAUGGAGAGCAAACGGCGCGAACCGUGGCUCUUUGGGGAGAAGAACACCCAGAUCAUCAGGAGAGCCAUUAAAGAGCGCUACGUCCUCCUGCCCUACUUAUACACUCUGUUCUAUCGGGCACACACGGCGGCUGAACCCGUCAUGAGGUCUCUCUGGAUAGAGUUUCCAGGGAAAAUGGAAACUUUUGAUGUGGAAAAUGAGUACAUGCUGGGAAAUGCUUUGUUGGUGCAUCCAGUCACAGAGAAAGAGGCCAAGACAGUGACAGUUCUGUUUCCAGGGUCAGAGGAGAUUUGGUAUGAUUUCAGAAAAUUUAAGCGAAUGGAAGAUGCAGGCACAGUGAAGAUCCCAGUAACACUGGAGAAUAUUCCUGUGUUCCAGCGGGGGGGCACUGUGAUACCACUGAAGACCACAGCUGGAAAAUCCACUGAAUGGAUGAUAGAUAUUUCUUAUGAACUCCACGUGGCCUUAGACACAGAGGCCUGUGCCGUAGGUGAGCUCUACGUAGAUGAUGGGCAUUCAUUUCAGUAUCUCCACAAGAAACAGUUCCUGUAUCGGAAAUUCACUUUCCACAAGAACGUUCUCUCUUCCAGAUGUGUAGAUGAAAGCGGACAAUACCACACUACAUGUGUAGUUGAACGGGUGAUCAUCCUGGGAUUUGGAAAACAACCCACUUUUGUGACAGCCAGUUCCAAGGAUGGGAAAAAAAAAGAAGUGGUUUUCACUUAUGAUACGAAGACCUCUGCACUGAUACUGGAAAACUUAGCCCUGAGUGUUGAUGCUGACUGGGAGAUCUGUAUCAGCUGAAGGGAAAGCAACUUCGUCAGAGAAACCGUUCACUGAGAGGAUGAGGAGAAAUAAACUUGGAGGACUUCAGAUGUUCACUUGAAUCCAAUUAAAUCAACAAACACCAACACACCCAAUCUAACAUUUCUUGCAACUUUUCUUUUAAAGCACUAAUUUGUACGUGGAUAACUUUUCUGUUCAGCAAAAGUAAUGGCACUAAGGUUGUAUCUUUGGGGAAAUAAGCUAAGUAAUAUUUGCAGUAGGCUAGCUUCAGUUAGGCAUUAAGCUUCAGUUCUGCCUUCACUUGCAAUAAAAAGCUAUGAGUUGAUGAGGUGAAAUUGUGGCUUGUGGGCACAGGCCUUAAUGUAAGUAUUUGAAAAUCUCACUAUUCAGAGACUGGAGCACUUGAGGAGAUCUGGGCCAGUUCAACAAGCAGCAUCAGCAGAUGGGACAGACACAGAAAUUAUCACAAGAGUUCUGCCUGCCAGCUGCCUUCUGAAAACAAACACAGAAUGAGCCAGCCAGUGUGAUCACAGAAACUUCUGCUUUCUGGUCCUUAUGACAAUGCAAAAUGAGCUGAUCUGCACAGGAAAGCAAACAGCAGGCUCACCAAACAGCUCAGGCACUGGAGGUGAGGGCUGGGUAGCCUCUGCCCGUCAGUUGUGCAAUAGCAGAAGACAGUAAUGUGGUGGUGCAGAAGGCUCCCUAACAGCCAGCUUUGAAACUUGGAUUUCAAAAAGGCACAGGUCGUCAUAGGUGCAGUACUGGCUUAGGAUAGCAGCUAUACUCACACAAAAACAUUUUCGAUGUUACUGCUCCCCUCCAUCUGCAAAUACUACUUAAAAAAACAAGCUUCCUGUUAGGAAAGAAUUGGCAUUGAUGGUUGAUCAUCAUUGAUUAAAGCCAGCCCAGUGAAGGAGCUAUGCUUUUCCACAUCCUGCCAAGUUUUGGCUUCCUUUAUACAAGGUUUAGUCAUGUCAGAUUUUUGUGUCUGGCUGAGAUUUGAGCUAGGCAUUUAUGAAGCAAAUUUUAAUGGGA